AAAUGAGGGUCACAUGAACUCUUCCAGCUGCAGGUUGACAGAACUUCCACCAUGGUGCAGGAAUACCAGUCCCCGGUCCGGGUCUACAAACACCCGUUUGAGUUAAUCAUGGCGGCCUAUGUAAGGAGAUUCCCAAAGUGCCCCUUGAUCCCAGUGUUUGUGGACAGUAAGGUCGUCAGUGAAACCCAAAGUGAGGAUGGAUCUAUGCUGGUCACAGAGAGGCGCUGUACCAUCGACAUUGAUGCUCCACGACUUCUUAAAAGGAUUGCCGGUGUAGACUACCUGUACUUUAUCCAAAAGAACACCCUGAACCGCAGGGACAGGACGCUCCAUAUUGAGGUCACCAACGAGACCUUUUCCAGCAGAGUCCUCGUUCACGAGAGCUGCAAAUACACGGUUCAUCCAGAAAAUGAGGACUGGACCUGCUUUGAACAGACGGCUAGUCUGGAUAUCAAGUCUUUUUUUGGCUUCGAGAGCUCAGCAGAGAAAAUAGCGAUGAAACAGUAUGCUGCUAGCAUUAAAAAGGGUAAAGAAAUAGUUGAGUACUACCUUAGAGAGCUGGAGGAAGAAGGAGUAACUCACAUACCUCGGUGGACACCCCCUGUUGUCUCUGGGACUGCAGGUGCCAGGCUCCUGCUGCCACCCCCCUCUACUCCCAGAGCCAUCCCAGUGAUCAGUGCCAAGGAUGGGCUGCCCAGCAAAGACCCAGCCUGUCCCGCAGAGCUGGUGUCUGGCUCUCCUGAUGACAAGUUAGAUGCUGACUACAUCAGACGUUACCUAGGUGAUUUAACGCCUCUGCAGGAGAGCUGUCUUAUUCGACUGCGCCAGUGGCUCCAGGAAACCCACAAGGGCAAGAUUCCAAAGGAUCAGCAUGUUCUGCGCUUCCUGAGAGCCAGAGAUUUCAACUUAGACAAAGCCAGGGAGCUUUUGUGUCAGUCUCUUACCUGGAGGAAACAACAUCAGGUGGAUUUCUUGUUGGACACGUGGGAGCAGCCACAGCUGCUUCAGGAAUAUUACACUGGAGGCUGGCACCACCAUGACAGAGACGGCCGUCCUCUGUACAUCCUGCGUCUGGGUCAAAUGGACACUAAGGGUCUGGUUCGAGCCCUGGGAGAGGAGGUGCUUCUCAGACAGGUCCUUUCCAUCAAUGAAGAGGGACUGAGGCGUUGUGAAGAAAACACCAGAGUCUUCGGCCGACCUAUCAGCUGCUGGACUUGCCUGGUGGAUCUGGAGGGUCUCAACAUGCGUCACCUGUGGCGACCGGGCGUCAAGGCUCUGCUUAGAAUCAUCGAGGUGGUGGAGGCCAACUAUCCUGAGACUCUGGGUCGCCUCCUCAUACUGAGGGCGCCUCGAGUUUUUCCAUUGCUCUGGACCCUGGUCAGCCCUUUGAUUGACGAGAACACUCGUAAGAAGUUUCUUGUUUAUGCUGGAAAUGACUACCAGGGUCCAGGAGGUUUGGUGGAUUACAUCGACAGAGAGAUCAUCCCUGACUUUUUGGGAGGAGACUGCAUGUGUGAGAUCCCUGAAGGAAGCAUGGUCCCCAAAUGUCUGUACAGGACCGCGGAGGAGCUGGAGAGUGAGGAGAACCGCCUGUUGACCGACUCCAUCUAUAAGAGCGCCAGCAUCUUCAAGGGAGCUCCAUAUGAGAUGCUGAUUGAGAUCACGGAGGCGUCCUCCGUCAUUACCUGGGACUUUGACGUGUGUAAAGGAGAUGUGAUUUUCAACAUCUACCACUCCAAGAGGGCCCCUCAGCCGCCGAAGAAAGACACGCUCGGAGCCCACGCCAUCGCGUCGCUCGGGGCCGUGAAUGCUCAGCUGAUAGACAGGAGCUGGGUGCUGGGCCAGGACUACAGCAUGGUGGAGAAAGCACUCACUUGCAGGGAGGGAGAGAGUGUACAGGGCUCCCACGUAACGCGCUGGCCGGGUUUCUACAUCCUCCAGUGGCGUUUCCACAGCUCGCCAGCGUGCACCGCCUCCAGUCUGCCUCGUGUAGAUGAUGUUCUGGCCUCCCUGCAGGUCUCCUCCCACAAGUGUAAGAUUAUGUACUACACCGAGGUGCUGGCGUCCCAUGACUUCAGGGGAUCCAUGACCAGUCUGGAGUCGUGUCAUAGUGGUUUCUCACAGCUCAGUGGUGCCACUACUUCCUCUAACCAAUCACACACCAGCUCCAUCUCAAGGUAGCAUCUGCCCAACAUCUGCCCCAAAGCAACAGUUACCCAAAACUGAAUGACAUGUGACCUACGUUUUCUGAUGUUGUUUGUAAUUUAGAUCAGAGCUGAGUAAAGUUUCUGUGACCCUUUUCGUUUCUGUAAAAUCAUGUAGCAGUUUUUUCCUGUCCUUUGUUAGUUGUUGUUUUAUGUUCGUGUACAGUAUAAAAACUAAUAAAUAUACCAUUUGUAGUUAGAUAAAUGUUCAUAAAUGCUGAAUAAAUGAAUUACAAUGCCUCAUGAAUAGCAGAUAGUUAGAUAGAUGAAAUUAGAUGAGAUGGGGAUUGAAAGUGAAACCUGUAUAAUGCUUUUAUCUUCUAUCCCUGAAGUUCCUUUCAUUGUCCACAAGAUGUCAGGGCACUCUGCGACUGGAGCUGCUCUCGGCUCUGCAGUGUUCUCAACACAUGCAGUUUUACAUUUACAUGUCGUCUGGUCUUUUAAGAAAUCUUUUUUUAAAUAAAGAAAUUAUCACAUAAAUUAAAAUUCAUGUAUC